UAUAUUGCGCAAAUGGCUGGGGCUUUAAGUUAUAUUCACAAAAAGCACGUUAUUCAUCGAGAUAUAAAACCAGAGAACCUGUUGAUAGAUUUGAACGAUGAGAUCAAGAUUGCUGAUUUUGGAUGGUCUGUGCAUACACCAAGUCAAAGGCGUAAAACAUUUUGUGGAACUUUGGAUUAUAUUCCGCCAGAAAUGGUUGAAGGCAAAGAACACGAUGAAAAGAUCGAUCUUUGGUCGCUUGGCGUUUUGUGCUACGAACUUCUGACUGGUACUGCUCCAUUUGAAGAAAGUGGUCAUACUGCAACAUAUAAACGAAUAGCAAAAGUUGAUUUCACACUUCCUGAUCAUUUGUCGUACGACGCUAGAGAUUUGAUUUGUUCGUUACUACAACGCGACCCGAAACGACGUCUACCUUUGAAAGAUGUCUUAAAACAUCCAUGGAUUCAAAAAUACAAGAACA